GGGCAGACAGUGAUAGGGAGAGACAGUGAAAGAAAGCAGGAUGAAAAGGACUCAAAACAUUGAGACCUUUUUCUUGAUAAAGAAAAAAAAAGCUGGUGAUCAAGGAACUUUGCACAAUGAUGAGACUGCGGGCCCAUCAUCGACAAUUCAGCAUUCUGCAGACACUUCCCCUAGUGAUCAGUUAGGUCACGAAGAUACCACCCAACAGGAGACUCUCUGUAGUAGUGGUGGAAGCGGCAGUGACACUGAAGAGGCUAGCCAUACUUCGCACCCCACACCAUCCCACCAACUGGACAUAUCCCGGUGUCCAGCAGACGGACCGACACAGCCUGUCCUUAGGGUGUAUCCACGGACUGUGCAGGGGGACAGAAAAAGAGCCUUCAACCACUCAUGGUUCACGCACUUCACAUGGUUGGAGUACUCACAAAGUUGUGACUCUGCAUAUUGCUUUGCAUGUAGACACUUUAGCUUGCCCAACACCCCUGAAACACCCUUUACAGCACAGGGAGGUUACUCCAAUUGGAAAAAGGCCAUGUACAAAGAUGGGGGGUUUAAAUGGCAUGAGAAAUCAGAAGGGCAUGUUAAUGCAAUGUUUGCCUGGAGUGAAUACAAAAAAAAUAUUCUCAGAGAUUUUUCUAUACGAGAUGCUUUGGACCAAGCCUACAAAAAAAAAGUUGAGGAAAACCGGACGUACAUAAAAACAAUUGCUGAAGUGCUUCGUCUUACAGCCAUGCAGAACAUUGCUCAAAGGGGACACAUCGAAACUGAAGGCUCACAAAACAAAGGAAAUUUCCUAGAACUGAUUGAACUGAUUGCAAGACACAAUCCACUGAUUGCAAAAAAAAUGAAUGCAUCAGGCAAUGCCAAGUAUCUCAGUAACACAAUCCAGAAUGAAAUUUUGGAAUGCCUGUCAGAUAUGGUCCGGGAAUCCAUCAUACAGGAACUGAAAGAAAGUGAGGUUUUUUCUGUUAUUGCAGAUGAAACAAAAGAUCUUAAGAAAAGUGAGCAACUGUCAUUAGUACUGAGGUACUAUUAUAAUGGUGCAGUUCAUGAGAGCUUUUUAGAUUUCCAGAGAGCCAGUGAAUUAGAUGCAGCAGGACUCAGUCAGAAAAUAAUACAGUGUCUGGAAAGAUAUGGCCUUGAUUACAAGUCUAAUCUUGUAGGUCAAGGUUAUGAUGGGGCAGCGGUGAUGUCAGGGAGAUGCAAUGGGGUUGCAGCAAGGAUCAAAGCAGAGGCUAAACAUGCCUUUUAUGUUCACUGCAACGCACAUUGUCUCAACCUCGUUAUUGUUGAUUCAGUGAAAGCAGUGCCUGAAGUUGAUUGUUUUUUUGCAUUGCUGCAGGAGACUUUAGAGGACUGUAGAGCUGGAUCUUGUUUUGAUGAUCUUUGGCAGCAAACUGUGGAGACUGCAAAGAAAUGUAAUGUUGCAGUUGAGGCUGUUGAGAAAAGGAAACAAAGAGGGAGCUCCAGACUUAGUGAGUAUCUUGUAGAAUCCACUGUUGGUCAACGUAGAUGCAAGGAAGGGGACAAAGAUAAGUUCAAGAUUGAUGUAUUUUACCCCCAUCCUGGAUCAUUUGAAUGCAGAACUUCAGAGACGGUUCAGCAAAAAUAACUGAUAUAAUGAGGGGUA